GGGCAGGCGCCAGCCCGCAGCGCCUCCCCAGCGCCUGCGCUCGCGCGUCGCGCCCCAAGACCAUGGGGAAGCUGGUGGCGCUUACCCUGCUGGGCGCCGGCCUGGCCCUAAUCGGGGAGAGGUUAAUGACGCUCAGAGAAAGAAUUAAUGCAUAUAGAGAAGUGGAGCCAGUAGAACCCCAGAACUGCCACCUUAUUGAGGGACUUGAAAAUGGCUCUGAAGAUAUUGAUAUACUUCCUAGUGGGCUGGCUUUUAUCUCCAGUGGAUUAAAAUAUCCAGGCGUGCCAAACUUUGCACCAGAUGAGCCAGGACAAAUCUUCUUGAUGGAUUUAAAUGAGCAAAACCCAAGGGUCCAGGCACUAAACAUCAGUGAUGGUUUUGACAAAGCAUCAUUUAAUCCACAUGGGAUCAGUACUUUCAUCGACAAAGACCAAAUUGUUUAUCUUUAUGUUGUGAAUCAUCCCCACAUGGAGUCCACUGUGGAGAUAUUUAAAUUUGAGGAACAACAACGUUCUUUGGUACACCUGAAAACUAUAAAACACGAACUUCUCAAAAGUGUGAAUGACAUUGUGGUUCUCGGAGCAGAACAGUUCUAUGCCACCAGAGACCACUAUUUUACCAACUUCUUGGUACUAUUAGAGAUGGUCAUGGAUCUUCGCUGGACUUACAUUCUUUUCUACAGUCCAAGAGAGGUUAAAGUGGUAGCCAAAGGAUUUAGUUCUGCCAAUGGGAUCACCAUCUCACCAGACAAGAAGUAUAUCUAUGUAGCUGAUAUAUUGGAUAAGAACAUUCAUGUAAUGAAAAAACAUGACAACUGGGAUUUAACUCAACUCAAGGUAAUCCAGUUGGGCACCUUAGUGGAUAACUUAACUGUUGAUCCUGACACGGGAGAUAUUUUGGCAGGAUGCCAUCCUAAUGCCAUCAAGCUGCUGAUGUAUAAUACUGAGGAUCCUCCAGGGUCAGAAGUACUUCGCAUCCGGAAUGCUUUGUCUGAGAAGCCCAGGAUAAGCACUGAUUUGCAGGAGAGUGAUUGAUGAGGCAGCUUCCCUUGAUGGGGCCAUCCAGAGAGAUCACUGAUCGGAAUUUUGCAAGAAAGAGAAAGCACAUUCAAACAGGGUUGUUGAGAGUUCUUUUAGGGGACUAUUGACACAAUGGUGGGAAUGUAAAAAAGAAACUAACCAGAAAAAGUACAACAGUCCAUUGUUAGCAAUGGAGUGAGAGAGAUUGGGGGUGGGGGCAGGAGUCCAGGGACUCUUUCCAGCCCUAGGUGUGAAGGAACAAGGGGUGGAAGCAGUUACUAGAACCAGAAGAGAGUAGAUAAAGUGGAGACUCUCCCAAUAGAUGCUCUGGUCAUUGGUAGAAAGAGGCAGCUAACCUAUGACAACUCAGCAGAGACAGCAGAGAGAAUAAAUAUCUUGACUGAACUCCCCUUCCACCCUCCCAACUAGAAUCCAGAAGGCAGGGAGCUAUUAAUGGAGCCCAGAAAGCCUCCAGGACACAAAGCAAUGGGGAGUUGCAUAGAGAGUGUAUCUUGAGCAGCAAUAGCUUCAUCUUAUUGCUGCACCAUUGCCUAGGUUACUAUAGUUAUCUGCAUGGUGGAAGGUAGGUCACCCCCAUGUCUGUAUUUCAUCAAACUGGAAGGAGAAAGAGGUUGGAGGAUGUCAGGGAGAAAUACCCCAUGUCUUAAGGUCUAGAACCAGGAAUGGUAGUCAUUAUUUCUACUCCCUUACCAAUGGUAAAAACUAAUCACAUGGCUGUACCUAACUAACUGCAAAGAAAAAUGGAUGAUGUAAUAUGACUGGAGACACAUAUGUUCAAGGAGGAAAAAAAGAAUAAAUUUUAGUGAACAAUUAGUGGUCUUGUGCCACAGUCCACCUUUUGGCCAACAAAUAUGCAUCUGCACCCUUCUCUUACACAUUAGUUCCCUCACCAAGAAAUAUAACCCCAAAUUCUGGGCUUCCCU